CUGUCCAGUGUGACUCGGGCUGGCGAAGAUCGGUUUUACUUAGUUGGCCCAAACUGUAAGCUAAUACCUCUGGUAGGGCCAACUGUAAGCUAACAACUCUGGUACCCCGUACGCUUUAUCCAGGAGUUCUUCAUGCAAAGCAUCAUCCAUGGAGCUGAAAUGCAUGAUUGUAAGGCGUAAGGGCGUGUGAGCGUUGUUGCUUGAUAACCUUGUCAUUUCAUUGAAUCUGUUGCCUGAGGGGGCAGUCGAAAUGGCGGCUCCUCAGAUGCGCAAACUCUCACUGGAAGAAGCAGCACCGCAAAGAAAGGACUUGGAGAGGAGGUGGAAUCUGCUUGAAGAUGCGGCAGCGAAUGGAAGUGAAGACGAGGAAACGGAGAGGGCAAAAGAGCAGUGGUUCCUGGACGCUUUGCUCUUUCUCGCUAAGGCCCCCCUGGAGCAGCACUCCUGGUGCCAGUUCAGCGACCUAUCGUCCCUGGCGUUGGAAAGCUUCUACCACUACUACAGCAACCCCAAUCAGGCCCUCAGUCUGGUGUGGCAGCGGUGGUGUCAAGAGCUGCGCAGCUGCGACUCGUGCGUCCAUACGUACCAAAGGUCCAAGGAGGAACUCAGAGAAGAGUUCGAUGGGGGCCCUGCGACAGAGGAGCUGUUCUCCGUCCUGGACCGUCUCGACCAGGAGAGGGUGUCGCAGCAGCUGAAAGAGAUCAAGGCGCUGUUUGAAGCCGGCAACUACGACCCUGAGCAAUCGGCAGACCUGAUCUUCCCAACCAUUUAUGAGGUGCUCAACUAUCCUGCGAUCCUAGAAGACGCAGAGGUGGACCGACUUGUGGCCCCCGUUCUGUCGUUCAUGGACCAAGUACACGCUAUCUCGAUCGGGGAGUACCGACCGGCGGGCAUCUACUCGCUGCUGUUCCAUAACAGCCCCGAAGGGCGGGCAGUCGCGACGCGCCUCGCAAAGACGACUCCUCCGUUCAGGGAUGGCCAGGAACUGGAGAUUGUCCAACCGAUCCUGCACCGCAAGGUUGCACUCCUGCAACAGCUGGCGGGCUCGGCGGCCAUCCACGUGGAUGGCGGAGGACAGCUGCCAGAAGAGAAGCUGGCUAUCUUUGGCGGUCGGCCCGCACGCCCGACUCGAGUCCAGGAGCACCUCCCACUGUGGUUGGGACUUUCGACUUUCCUGGAGUUGCUCGAGCCAGCCGCGAUGCUUGGAGGCCUGGUGGAGCGUCACCCUGACGUCGUCAGCACUGUCCUUAACCAGGCGAGCGAACCCGGAAACCCCGCCUUCAACGUCGCGCUCAAGUGCCUCAAGCUGCUCUUCCAGGGAGUUGGUUACCGACUGUGGUGGGACACCGACUUUACCCCAAAGGUUGUGCGUUCCACCCUCGUGAGCCACUGCAACACCAGCCGCAAGGAGAACCUGCACCUCACUAUCUUCCAGCUCUUCGAGCCGUUCCUGCAGUCCUUGGAAGUGGAUCGGAACACGAGCGACGAGUUCUACGACGAGCGGGAAACGCUGCUGAAGUUUCUGACGAAGCAGGUCGCCAACAGCGCUAGUUUCUCGGGCGUGGUGAAGAGCAAGGGGCUUGAGGUCGCGUUCCGCAUCAUCCAGAGAGGCUACACGCUUGUCCCCCCUAUGCCACCAAGCGACCUCACUCCCUUCUGGGCCCCCCCUUUGGUCGCCUCGCUCAACAACCCCGCCACACAAGAAACCCUCCGGACACAGGCUGUCGAGCUCAUGUCUACCAUCGUCGUUUUCGACUCGUCCGCACUCUGCUCGGCCGUUUUCCCACCAGCGCCCGGUUUCUCCGGGGCUUCCGACUUAGUCGCUUACCUUCCCGGCUCAAACGCUACCCUAGGCCCGCAGCCCAGCUCCGGCCAGGAACCUCUAGAGGUUCUCGAGGGCCAGCCCGCGGAAUCCGGCUGGGGUGCGGAGUGGGCCACUCUAGAAACCGCGGCCGGCAGCUACGCCAAAGAGCACUUCCACCCUCCCGCGCUCUGGCAGGCCCUGUUUCUGGCUGCGCCGCCGGUUAACUUUCCGGGUUUGCUAACCAAGGCCGUUCUCUGGGCUGCCACAAGACUGGCGCUCCUGGAGGAGGCGGUUGGGUUGAACCCUGACCAGACUGCAGCGGAUGGCGCCAAAGACUGGCCCUUCGUCGUGGUUGAGAACGAUGGGAAGAAGGUGUCGAACGUCGUGGAAGCUUCUAGGGAAGGUCGGAAAGACCUGGUGGUGUUGUACAGAAGGUGUACGGCGGCAUAUCUGGACCACCUCCGACAGCGAUCUGUGGAUGGUGACGUGGCGGUUUUGCAGGCCCUCGAGUGGGAGACCUGGAUUGCCGAGAGUCUAAUCAUCCUUCUCCUUGAUCCCACUGCACUCAUCCGGAAUGCGGACCGGGAAGUUUUGAAGUACUUCACAGCGGACGCAACUUUGGACGGGGGCCUGCGGACCCUGUGUGCGGACGCCCCUGCCGCACGCGCCGUCAGCGAGGGGAUCUUCAAGGCGUCAGAAAAGCUCCUACACAUGGGCUUCCCCAAAUGCUCGCGGGGCUCCCAACUCCUGUGCUUCUACGCCUCGAAGCUGCUGCGAAUCAACUCCUCCAACGAGCAAGACGCUGCCGAAGGCUCCACGGAACACGUGACGCUUUGGGCGAUUGCGUGUGCGCGAAUCGCAGAGGGCCUAUGGCCGCUGCUCCUGCGGGUCCUUGAAGGAAGUCGACCCGCAGCUGAAAGCUUUGAGCCGGGCCCCACCGCCCAGGGCUUGCUCCCGGUUGCCGACUACCUCAUUAGCGCGUCCCUUUUCCAGAGGCUGAUAGUCCACGUGUUCGAGGCCUUCGUGGCCACGUGGCCGUUCAUCCGCCACCGGGCACUUCCCGGGGCGGCGCUCGGGCGCCCCAGCGUCCGCGGUGACGUCAGCACACCGGGCGCCGCUGACGUCAGCAGCCCGGUCAGGGCCAGGGGUGACGUCAGCAGGGCGCCCGGUUUCGGGUCCCCGGCCAGGACGCCCUCGGUGUUUGACCUGGUCGAGGGCGGCCGGUUGAAGCCCCCGGGGCAUCAGGGCGACGAGUGGCUGGUGGAUUUUGUGAAGUGGGGGGACGUGACCCGGCCCGCGGUGCGGCGGCGAUGGAUGGAGUGCAUUGAACUGGUGGGGUGUGAGAUGGUGGACGCGGGAGCAAGGCUGCCGGCGGCGGCGAGGGGCGUCGUUCGAGAUCUUCUUGCGCCGACUUCGAGCCUCUCCGACGAGCAACGCCUGGUCCUUUCCCAGUUCUUCCCCCACGAAGCCCCGGGCAACCUCGGCCAAAGCGCUCUCGACUCGUUACCCUCCCGCCCCGCCCACGCAUCGCCCCCCAAACCGGCCUUCCCGUUACGCCAACCCUCGUUCGAAACCCCACCCCGCAGCAAAGCCCCCACCGCAUCCCAGUCGCGGCUCACGACCAGUUUCCUCGAGGGGGGCUCGCCGCCAGCUCCAGCAGGGUUCUUCCAGCCCCCCCCCACGGCGGUGCCGCCAAAAUCCCCCGCUAUCGUCAUCGAUCUGGAGGAGGACGAUCAGCCGCUCAGCCUCCGGAGAAAGGAAGCCCCGCGGGCUGGGAAUUCGCGACGGCCGAUCGACCUCGAAACCGAGUCGGAUUCGAAAUCGAAAAGUAGAUCAGAUACAAAAACUUUCGUGCGGACGCCCGCUCAGACGCAGUCGGCGGAGGCGUCAACGAGCGGUCGCGAAAGCGCGGAUAAAGAGGCGUCGAAGAUGGCCGCGUCUUUGGCCGCGUUUGCAAACCGGGCUUCUAGUAGACCCUCCCCUUGGAGCCGCAACUCCGACACCCCGGGGGGGUCGAGGAGUGCUGCGACGCCAACUAACCGGACCCCACCGGCGCCGAACCGAACGUCGCCAAUGUACAGUAAGCGCGCGCCGCCUAGGUACCCCCAGCAGGUUAAGAUAGACAGCAUGUUGAGUCGGCAGCGGGAGGAGGAAGAACUAGAGCGGGUGUGGGCCGCUGCCGAUGGGCUCGGCGGGUUCGGUUCCGCCGGCCCCGGGAAACGGAAAACCGAUAGCACGGAAGCGUCACGGAAGCGGGAGAGCGACAGUAAACCUGCACCAGUAAAAUCGCCAACCGUUCCAAUGGUGCCGGGGGGGUCAGCUCCGCAGCCGGAAAGGCCUACGAACCGGGGGGGUGGAGACGAAGGCAGUUCUGUACAUAGUAGGGGGGUCCCCGUGCCUGGCCCGAAAGUGCCACAAUUGCGUCCGGCAGCCCCCCGGAAGACGAUGAGGAUCGAGUUGCCGGGGGAGGGGCAGACGGCGAGCGCCAGGGCGCGCAUGCGCAGGUUUGGGAGCCACGCGCCCCCUGGCCCUCCGCCCAAGCCGGACGACUGGUACAAGAAGAUCCUGGCAAUGGACUUCUUCAGAGUUGUGGGUACGGAGGAUGCAGACGAAGGGCUGGCCAGGCCCCCCAACGAAGGGACUGACCGCCUGGUGCAGGUGCCCGACAGAUUCGAGUCCGCUUCGCAGUACGCCCAGGUGUUCCGCCCGCUGCUCAUGGAGGAGUUCAAAGCGCAGCUGCAGAGAGUGCACGACGAGUCGGGGUCGAGCUCUAACUCGGAGAUGCUGGAGGUUGGGCACUUCAAGCUGCUGAGCCUCGCCCGGCGCGACGACUUUUGGGACGCUAACUUUGUCGCGGGAGAGGACGCGGAGCGGAACGUGCGGGAGUGCAGCGAGCUGGACCUGCUGCUGCUGACGAAGCACGCGCCCUCCAAGGGGGAUCCCUCUAGGAUCCACGUCUUAGCAAAGGUCGACAGGCGCGACCAGCGCGAUAGUAAGGGCCAGCGACGGCAGUGCACGGUUCUGGUGCUGAAGCUGUUUCUGCCCAUCAACGAGCCCCGCCUGCUGAAGGUGAAGCAGCUGCUGACGGACGGCUCCAAGUGGCACGCCACCAAGCUCUUCAGCAUGGUGCCGCAAAUGCGCGAGUUCCAGGCCAUGUCUGCCUUCCACACACUCCCCAUGGUGUCAACCCUCCUCAACCCUUCCUCAGCAAAGCCCCGUUCCAACUCCUCGAACCCUUCCGCCAUUAGAAAGCUCCCCGAACCCCUCCAGAAACAUCUCCUGAGCCGCUACAACGAGUCCCAGCAGGCUGCAAUUGCCUCCGCUACCGAUUCAGGGGGGUCGCACAACCAGCGCCUCACUCUCAUCCAGGGCCCCCCCGGAACGGGGAAGACGAGCACGAUCAUGGGCAUUCUCAGUGCGUUGUUGAGCGGGCCGGGAGGAAAUGUGACAAGAGCCGAGCGUGUUCCGGGAGGGUUAGGGGCUAACCGGCCGGUUAAGGCUCCGGUUAAGCUCAGCGAACGGGAGGAGUCGGCGAUCCUGACCGCGCAAGCGCAGAGGGCGUGGCAGCAGGCUGAGGAGGCGAAAGAACUGAUGGCCAAGGGAGAGGAAAAUGGAAACGGACUUGCCGGGGGGGUGCAAUUGGGUGGGGAAGGAGCCCCCCGGAUCUUGCUCUGUGCGCAGUCGAACGCGGCGGUGGAUGAGCUGGUUGCACGGCUGCUGAAAAGCGGCGUAUGGGGCGCAGACGGCCUUCCCGUCCGACCAAGCAUCGUCCGCAUCGGAAACGCCCGCACCAUCCAUCCCGACAGCCGGCCCGUUCACAUCGACACACUCGUGGAAGCUGAGACCCGGUCUCCCUCACCGAGCGAUGGUGUGAAUAAGCCCGCCUCAGAAGACCAGAAACGGCAGCUGCGGAACUCGCUGGUGAAAAUAAGCUCCGAGAUGAGCGCCGCCCAGAAGAAGAGUGCGCCGUCGGGGGGGGGUGCGGACGGCCCUGCCGGGGAGGGGGAGGAAAAGUUGAAAAAGACGCUCGACGGGCUGUACCAGAAGCGGAAAGCGGUGCAGUCGGAGAUCAUUGCGCUCGAGGCCGCGGACCGGAAAACGCGCGAGCAGGAGCGCGCGAAACGGAGCGCCGUCCGGCGGAAGAUCCUACGCGACGCGUCGAUCGUGGUGACGACGCUGUCGGGGUGUUGGGGGGACGUAUACUCGGCGUGUAAGGAGAGCAAGGGGAGCGAGGCUGGGGGCCUGUUCGACGCCGUAAUUAUCGACGAGGCGGCUCAGGCGCUGGAACCGGCAACACUGAUACCGCUGCAGUUGUUGGUGCCCCGUGGGGGGCGGUGUAUCAUGAUUGGGGACCCUAAGCAGCUGCCAGCUACCGUGCUGAGCCGCGCGGCAGCCAACUUCAAUUACGAGCGGUCUCUCUUCGAGCGCCUGCAGCGGGGGGGCUUGCCGGUCACUCUGCUCAGCGCCCAGUACCGGAUGCACCCGGAGAUCCGCCAGUUCCCGUCGGCCCACUUUUAUGGGGGCCUUCUGACGGACGGAGAAGGCAUCUCCCGGACGUCCAGAUUGGUCCCGUUCCACGAGCGUCCGGUGUUCGGUCCGUACGUAUUCUUCGACGUUGUGGAUGGUCAAGAGCGCUCCCGCGGGGGCGCCUCCUCCCUCUCAAACGACGCGGAAGCGACGGCGGUUUUCGAGCUCUACCAGGGUGUGCGGCGAUCGUACCCCGGGGAAAACCUCCGGGGGCGGGUUGGCAUAAUCACCCCGUACAAGCAGCAGCUAGAGGCGCUCAAGAGAAAGUUUCGGGAGGUCAUGGGCGACCGGGCGAUGCUGGACGUGGAGUUUAACACCGUGGAUGGCUUCCAGGGCCGUGAAGUGGACGUCCUCAUCCUCUCGACCGUCCGCACCGGCGGCAUCGGUUUCGUGGCGGACGUCCGCAGAAUGAACGUCGCGCUCACGCGCGCCCGCAACUCGCUCUGGAUCGUCGGCAAUUCCGCCGCCCUCAAGCGGAAUCCGCACUGGGCGGCGCUGCUUUCGGACGCCGCCGGAAGGGGCCUUGUUUUCGAGGCGAGGCGCCCGUACUCGGCCCUGUUCACACCUGCUAAAGGAGCUAAGAAGGCCCUGGCGGGGCCCAGUAAGGCGACCGGUGUGAAUUUGGGGAGCGACGAGGGGAAGAAUGUGAACACGCUCGAUGUACAAGUAGGGAGCGGGGGUAAGAAGGGUGAGAAACGGCCGGCAGAGCUUAUUCCCCUAGGCCGCAGUAAGAAGCCCAAAACGACGGAAGCCUCGCCAUUGAGUGGCGUGAAGCGGAAGCCUGAGGGGGGAAGCCUAGAGAUGCCGGUCGCGAAGGCCAGCCGCUCUGAUGGUCCGGAAAGCUCUAAGGUUCCCGAUGUAAAGUACACGCCCCUCGUGGACGACAGCGAGAAAGCAGAGACAAAAGUUGCAGCUGCGGCCGACUUUCUGAAAGCUGUUGAAACGCCUGUAGCUGCGGUUUCGGGAUCUGUUCCAAAAGGCGCUCCAGUCGAUCUCUCGAAGGCUCCGAAGAAGAGCAUUUUGAAGAACGCUCUGAGCAGGCUCGAAGCGGCGGGGGGUGCGCUUGCCUCGCUGAAUCUCCCCCCUGCGCCUACAACCUUUUCAGCAGGAGUCUCCCCAGCAAAGUCAACGCCCGGAAGUGCGGUAGACUCUGUUUUCUCGCGACCUGUAGAGGUUCUCAGGAGCAGUCCCAUGAGGCCCGCACCUCUAGAGAUUCCCCUGGUUCGGGUGCCUAGUUCGUUGCGUGUUCCUGACCCCGUGAUUGGGACUAAACCCGCCUACUCUAGGGACGUAUUUACCCCCCCAAACACCAAUUCGCAGCAGCAGCCCGCCGGGGGGGUGCCGGAAGCCCCUGACUUGCCCCCUGGUUUUGAACAAUUUGCCAAGGUGGAUGCUAUGGAUUUUGAUGGGGCGCCCGGAUUCCAAAAAAGAGGAGCCGCGAACCCGGCAGCAAAAGGUCCAACGGGGGCUGCAAAUCAGAAGCAGGAAAUGAGCGUUCUGUUCCAGAACGAACGGAUUCCGCGGGAGAGCCUAACGGAACCGCGGAACCGAGAGCUCCCGGAGGAACUUCGGCAGGACAACGACGGAACGAAGGAAGCUCCAACUCCCCGGGGGAUAGAGCCAAGAAGGGCGGCGGUGGAAAAGUCAACGGAAGCACGGAACGGAAAGGAAGAAGAUGAACGGAAAAGGAAGCAAGCUGAAACGCUGUCGGUGGAGGAGGAAAAGGCGCGGCGAAACCGGGAGAACGCAAAGCGGUACGACGAAGGGAGGCGGCUUGCUGAGAGGAUAGCACGGGAUGAGCGGCUCCGGAAGGAAAAUGAGAGAUAUGAGCGGCAGGAUUCGAAAGGUUUCCGGGAACCAAAGGAAAGGCCUUCGAAAGAGGGAGAUCGGCGAGAACGCAGUAGGGAAAGGGGCCACGAUACCAGAGGGUCGGAAGUUAGCCCGCGAAAGGUGGGGUCAGAACCUAGUCCCAGAGACAAAGACCGGGAUACCAAAGGCAGCUCGAAGAAGGGGUCCUCAAUUCUUAGCCCGAGAGAGAGGGCAACGGAAGCGAGUCCCAGAGAGAGGGCUCCGAAACCGAAAUCCAGAGCCGGGAAGUCGGAACGAAGUCCGAGAGAUGGGAAGUCGGAACCGAGCCCGAGAAUGAGUUCCGGAUGGAUAAGGGAUGAAAGGAAGGAUCGGGAAAGAGACUCAGAAAGGACAGGCGAGUUGUCCCGGUCUGAUUCGUGGAAGCGCGACGAGAGAAGCCGGGAGAAAGAGGACGGGAUAAGAUCGAGUCGGGAUGCACCCAGGGAGAUAGUCCGAGCCAGGGGUAGCGACCGCGAAAGAAGUCGGGAGAAGUCAAGAGACCGAGGGACCGACCAACGAAGCAGGUCGGUAGACGAGAGCCCGGGCAGACGGGGGCGCCAAGAAAGGGACCGGGAAGGGCCCCCAGGAAAGAGUCCGAGAGCUCGGGAUGACGGUGAAAGAGCGCCAAAGGAUCUCGGGACGAAGGGAAGGGCGUCGGUUGAGAGAAGCCCACGAGGGAGCGGGAAAGAGAGCAGAAGUCGGGAGGUGAGCCCAAAAGGACGUCGGAAGGAAGAGAAAAGCCAGGAGAGUUUAAAAAGUGCCAAGGACGAGUCGGGAUCGGGAGGGCAAAAGUCUGAGGGGUCAGUAGCCGUUGAGGAGAAGGCGAAAGUUUCAGAAGGUCUCAGCAGUGCUUUGAAGACGGAUGGGGUAGCGGGGACUUCGGGCUUGCGUUCCGCAGUUCAAGCGCGUGCGGAAGGGAAUUUUGCCGCAAACCAAGGCGUGGGUGCGCCGGGUAGAGAGGGGUUACCAACUGCUGAGAGAGGUUUAGGAGCUAACCCAAAAAGUGGUGAUUCCGCAACGAAAGAUAAACCUAGGCCGGCGGAUGACACGCAAGGGGGGCGGAGGGAAGAAGACGCGUCCAGAGGAGAGCAGCCGGACAGGCGCCAAAGUGGAGAGGGUUCGCAGAGGGGGUUGGAUCGGGAAGAUAAGGGCCCAAGUAAAAGUGGAGGAUCUCGGAAUUACUCAGGAGAACGCCUCGGUGGCGACUCAAGGGACGCGAGGCGAAGCCCAGAGCCGGACAGCCGGACAAAGCCGAUCCCGUGCCGCUACUUUCCGAAGUGCGACAAAGGCGAUGCGUGCAGGUUCGCGCACGUGCAAGGCUCCAAGCCCUGUCGGUUCUUCCUCAUGGGGAAGUGCCGCGAGGGCGAGGCGUGCCGAUUUGCACACCCCCGGGGGGAGGAACCGGGCGAGCUUAAGGCAAUCAGACGGGAGCCACCGAAGGGGCGUGCCGAAGAGAAGGCGGCAGUCACUGCGGAUGACUCCGAACGGAAGCAAGAGGGCGAGUCUCGGAGCCUCAAGUCGCGCUCUCUAGAGAAAGCGAACAGCUUGGGAGCUGCAACGAGCGAAUUGGUGGAGCCCGUUUCUAAGCAAGAGACUGCGGCCCAAGCGGGGCAAACGAAGAUGCCGGAAGCCGUUGGCAAUGCGGGAACGGCGGCUCCAAAAGAGAAGCCGGUACCCACCGGAACGGUACCCACCAAGGCGAAUGACGUGUCCGCCCUUGCCGAGCGGAAACGGCUCCGGGAGGAAGCGGCGGCGCUCAUGCCCGCGGGCGCGUUCCGGUCCCAAAGCGCGCGCCUCGCGCCGGCGAGCGUGCAGACGGCAUAUGCUAUGCCCCGGUCGUCGUCGGAUAUCGGCCGCCGGAAGACGCUGCCCUUGGAGGAGACUAGAAUCCGUGGUGGGACACAUGGCGAGCUGCCGGAGAUGGAGGAGGGGGAGGUGCGGGUUGCAGAGGAACCAGGCGUUAAGGAGGCGGGGGAACUGAGUCCAGCGGGUGGCGUUCCCCCGGUCAGAGGCGCCGGUCAAGGGAUCCCCCCGGGGCGAGCGCCUGUUCAUGCCCGGCUAAGUCUGCCGGGUUCUCGGGUUGAGAGCCAACGGGACGGGGAAAUGAGUCCGGGUAUGAGGCGGCAACCGGUUGUAGAGAGGCUCGGACCGGGCGGGCUGGAGGCACGAAUGGAGGAAGAGAGGAUGAGGUUCGAGGAAAUGCGGAGAAUGGCGAUGAGAGAGGAUAUGCAUAGGGAAGGUGGAAGAAGGCAGGAGAUCAUGUUUGAAGAAGCGAGGAGAGGCGAGAUGAUGGGCGCGUUUGGAGGCGGUAGGGAAAUGCUUGUGAGGGAUGAGCGAGAAAUGAUGUUGGAAGGCCGUGAGACCGUGUUGCGGGAUGAAAGGGAGGUGAUGCAGCAGGGACGUAGGGAGGUGAUGAUGCAAGGCGCAAGGAUGCUGGACGACGAAAGGAUGGUUCUGCGGGACGAGAGAGAUUUUCAGGGCUCUCCUCGGGAUUUGCAGCCGGACCUAAGGGAGCUCCUUCGUCGACGAAACGCUCAAGGAAUUCCCGGUGCCCAAGGUGGUAACAAUAGACCGAUCUCUGAGAGGCUUUUGGGAGGACCAUUCUCAAAAAGAAACAUGUGA